AUGGAGAAGCGCGACUAUGCGGCUGCGGUUGCCGCGCUCAACACGCUUCAGUCCAACUUCUCCAUAGUGGAUGCGAUUCGCAAGUCUGGUCGGGGUAUGAACCAGCAGGCGAUACCGGAGAUGAUUGAAUGGUGUCGCAAAGCUGGAUAUGAGCCCUCAGAGUUCGACCGGUUGAAGCCUAUACACAUCGCCGGCACGAAAGGCAAAGGCUCUACGAGUGCUUUCAUCUCGUCUAUCCUGUCACAAUACACCACCCCCGGCGACGCGCAGACCCCACCUUCGAAGAUCGGUCUCUACACCUCCCCGCAUCUACGAUUCGUACGAGAGCGCAUACAGAUCGACAAUGAGCCAAUAUCAGAGGAGAAGUUCGCCAAAUACUUCUUCGAGGUGUGGGACAAGCUGGAAGCAGCGGCAAAGGCGGAGAAUGCGCCAGCAGACGUCCCUACCAAGCCAGUAUACUUCCGCUAUCUGACGCUCAUGGCGCUACACGCAUACCUGAAGGAGGGUGUGGACUCCGCUGUUAUCGAAUGUGGAAUCGGCGGCGAGUUCGACAGCACGAACAUCCUCACGAAACCCACCGUCACAGCCGUCACAACGCUAGGAAUAGACCAUACAGCGAUGCUUGGUUCUACGCUUCCAGAAAUAGCCUGGCACAAAGCUGGAAUCUUCAAGAAAGGCAGUAUUGCAUUUACAGUGCGCCAAAAGGAGGAAGCUAUGACAGUCUUGGAAGAACGGGCAGCCGCGAAGGGCACGAAACUACACACUAUCGAUGUGCAUCCGGCUUUAGCGAACAACGAGAUCAAGCUUGGGCUAGGUGCAGCCUUCCAGAAGAUCAACGCAUCCGUGGCGAUAGCUGCCGCAGCUGCGCAUCUGCGAGCACUUGGCCACACUUCCGUACCCGAUCCAACCAUUGCUCCGCAUAUUGAGCUCCCCUCCGAGUUCGUUCGCGGACUGGAGCAAGUGCGAUGGGCUGGUAGAUGUGAGAUCAGACGCGAGACCAACGUCGCAUGGCAUAUCGACGGAGCCCACACUAUGGAAAGCAUAGAGGUCACUGGCAAAUGGUUCGCGGAGCAGAUAACACUGGCGACUUCCACUGCCACCUCUCAAUCCAAGGUCCCUCGGAUAUUGAUCUUCAACCAACAGACACGAGACGCGAAUGCGCUGGCCAAAGCCUUGUAUACAGCCCUACAGAGCGGCAUCACUUCGGGAUCACAGUCUCCUUUCACUCAUGUUAUCUUUACCACCAACCAAACCUUCAGCGAGGGAUACAAGCCUGAUCUUGUUUCGAUAAACACCAAUCAGCAGGACGUAGACACGCUGGCAGUUCAGAAGGCGCUCGCGAACACAUGGUCUGAGAUAGACGGCACUGCAGAAGUGCAUGUGCUGCGCACAAUCGAAGAGGCAGUCGUAACCGCACGAAAGGUGGCGCAAGACUAUGCCAAGGAAGCCGGGGCUGAUGCAGAAGUCAUGGUGCUGGUGACUGGGAGCUUGCAUCUGGUUGGCGGUGCGCUGGAAGUGUUGGAGACAACCAAGGCGCAGUGA